UGGGGCAGAGGUGGGACCAGAGCCCCCAUCUCUGCUCUGCUCCGCUCUGCUCGAGUCUUCUGGAAUGGACCUACCUGCCGGGAAACCAGGUCACCCUUGUUCCUGGGCUUGCCUGCCCCCCGGGGAACACAGGUGGCCCGGGCAGUAGGAGCAGUGGCCGUGAGGCUGUGGCAGCAGCACUCGUAGCCGAGGAUGCCCCAGGCCCCGGAGUGUUCGGAGGGCUACUGGGCCUGGAUGGUGCUCCUGGCCUGUGUGGUGACCCAGGGCCUCACCCUGGGCUUCCCCACGUGCAUCGGCAUCUUCUUCACUGAACUGCAGCGUGAGUUCCAGGCCAGCAACAGCGAGACCUCCUGGUUCCCCUCCAUCCUGACAGCCAUGCUCCAUGCAGGGGGGCCCUUGUGCAGCAUCCUGGUGGGGCGCUUCGGCUGCAGAGCGACGGUGAUGCUGGGCGGCGCGCUGGCCGGCCUGGGCGUGGUGGCCGGCUCCUUCAGCUGCACCCUCGGCCAGCUCUACCUCACGGCGGGCUGCAUCACAGGCCUGGGCAUGUGCUUCAGCUUUCAGUCGAGCAUAACUGUGCUGGGAUUCUACUUCACCCGCUGGCGGGUGCUGGCCAACGCGCUGGCCUCGGCGGGCGUCUCCCUGGGCAUCAUGCUCUGGCCACUGCUCUCCCGCUAUCUCCUGGAGGACCUGGGCUGGAGAGGCAGCUUCCUCAUCUUCGGCGGGGUUCUUCUCCACUGCUGUGUCUGUGGGGCCAUCCUGAGGCCCGUGCCUGCCACUGCGACCCCUGAGACCAGAGAAGGCCUCCCUCCACCUUCCAAGAGACCCGCGCGAGGCUGCCUGGCAGCAUACGGUCGGGCCGUCCAGCGCCACCUGGCCUUCGACGUCCUGCGGCACAACGUGGGCUACCGCGUGUACACACUGGGAGUCGUCUGGAUGAUCAUGGGUUUCCCACUGCCCCACGUCUUCCUGGUGCCGUAUGCCAUUUGGCACGGGGUGGAUGAACACAGGGCGGCCCUGCUCAUCUCCAUCAUUGGCUUUAGCAACAUCUUCCUGCGGCCCAUGGCUGGGCUGGUGGCAGGCCGGCGGGACUUUGCCAGUCACCGCAAGUACCUGUUCAGCCUGGCAGCCCUGCUCAACGGGCUCACCAACCUGGUGUGCGCGGCGUCGGCCGACUUCCGGGUGCUGGUGGGCUACUGCCUGGUGUACAGCGUGUCCAUGAGCGGCGUUGGUGCUCUCCUCUUCCAGGUCCUCAUGGACGUUGUCCCCAUGGACCGGUUCUCCAGCGCCCUGGGCCUCUUCACCGUCCUGGAGAGCGUCUCCAUCCUCAUCUCCCCGCCACUGGCUGGACUCCUCCUAGACACCACCAGCAACUUCAGCUAUGUCUUCUACAUGUCAAGUUUCUUCCUCAUCUCAGCCGCCCUCUUCAUGGGUGGCAGUUUCUGGGCCCUGGGGAAGAUGGAGAGGCAGGGCCCACCGGCUGAGAUGGAAGGAGCUGUAACAGAGGCUGCCCCAGAGCAGGGCCUCACUAUGGAGGACACAGACGGUCCCAAGAAGCAGCUGCGCAUGGAGAUCAUGUAUGUGACCAGCGUCUGAGCCCUGGGAUCACUCACAUGUGUGACUGGCAUCUGAGCCCUGAAGUCAGUGAGUCCUGCCUCAGCCCAGGAAUGUCCAGAUACUUCGCCAGAGGCUGGGGUGAAGGGCUGCCCAGAAAGCCUGAACCAAAGGCCAUCUGGGUUCUGCACGUCGGGACUCAGCCAGGAGUUGGGACCUUAGAGGCUGGCCUCCAGAGGCUCGGGGUUCCUCCUAACCAGCAGAAUCCAGGAGCGGAUCCUCCUGACUUUUUUGCUGGGGCACCAGAGUACCUGGGGCCCAGGAAGGUGGGUCUGAGCCCAGCUCAGGUCUGUCACGGCUGGCUUGGCUCAGCUGUCUGCCUACGCUGCUGCUACAGCUCAACACACUGGACCCUCAAGUCCAGCCUGGGCGCCUCCCAUGUGAUCUCUUUGUCUUUCACCCUCUAGACAGUUCCGAAGAGCUCAACCCUCCUCCGAGUCCCUCCUGCCCCCCUUCUUCCCAGGUGGCCCAGCCCUUGCCCGCAGGGCUGCCCCCCAGCACAGGUUGCUGGGCCUCAUGCUACCUGGAAUCUUGGGACGAAGGGCUUUGUGAGAGAAUGUGUUGCAGUGGUGGAGGGCCAGGCUGAGGGGUCGGCCUGGAUGCAGGAUUUGGACAGAUUAAAUGUCAGGUGGAGCACCCGUCCUGGCGACAGUGCAGAGAACUGGAGGGGAGCCCCUGGCUUGGGUCCUAGAAUCAGUGAAAUCUGAGGGCCCCCUGCACACUCAGCAGGGCCUGCUCUAGGGUCUCCUCCCUCCUCUGCCCCAUCCUGUAUCUUGGCUGGGAAGAUUAGUGCUGGGGGCGGGGGGGGGCGGGCACGGGGGAGCCACACAUCAGACCAGGGGAGGAAGGAUUGCUAGGCAGGGCCCCAGGACCUCUGUGAAAAUGGAGCUGCUUUUGCAGCAGAAGCCCUUUCACUGCCCUCUCCUGUCAUCCUUUUCUCCCUGCUGUGUCAGAGGUGUCAACCCUGGGAUAAGUGGCUGGCUGGGCCAGCUGCCAGGCCACCCCUGCUCCCCACUGGCCUGUGCGUCUGGCCUGGAAGUCAGAGCUUCUCCCCCAGACCGGCUGCCACAUACUCUUUUUGCUGGUGCCUUCCCUGAGGUCAUCACCUGGGGGCUGGCUGUCAUCAGCCCAGGCUCGUCCCAACAGUGUACCAACUGAGUGAAAGGAAAAACAGAGUUUGUUUGAAUUACACACAAAAACAUUUUCUGCAGCGGGUUAUAAACCCUGUGAACUAACGAAGCUAGAAAAGAGGCCUGGAGUAAGUUUUCCCCCAUCCCCCUUCAGGGCUACUCCCACCAAGGACCUUGUUUGUUGAUUCAAGCUCAACCAGGUUUCAACAAGAAACCCUUAUCAGGAGAAUUGAUUUUCUUUUUAUGACCCGACUCCAGCCUUCCUCCUGCACAAGUCCAACUGGCGUGAGUCAGCAUCCUUGGGGAUGUUGUCUUUUCCAGGACUCUUGAGGGCCCCCUUCUGGCAAAAAGAGGUAGUACGGAAGUGAAGCAAAGGGCUCUGGGCUGGAAUAGAGACCUGAAUUCACGUUUGACUCUGCCACAAUUUGCUGUGUGACUCUGGACAAAUUGUCCACCAUCUCUGGGCCUUGAAAAAGGAGGAGAUUGGCCUAGAUAAGUUGAAGUCUCUUCCAGUUUGAAAAGUCUGAUCCUGAAGACCCCCCAUUGCCUCCCUGACCCCCCCCCCCCAUCCUGUCCUGUACUUGGUCACCAUCCACAGCUUGUGCACUGAAGGGGGAAUCCACAGCCGGACACAUUUUACCAGGUCCUGCCACCUUCUCCAUCUUAACUGAGCGGAAAAGGAGAGUUGGGGCUGGUGGGUAGAUGAAUACUUUUCGGUGCUAGUAGCCACAAGGCUUUGAAACGUGUAUCCCCUUUUAGGCCCGCUUCCUGAAAACUGAUUUCUUUCAAGGAAAAAAGAUAUUAGUAAACAUUUAGCAUAGGGAACUUUGACCUCCUCUGCCCCCUGGGCAAGAGUGGCGAUAAUCUCUGGGCAUACUGAGCAUCUACUGUGUGUCAGGAACUGGGCAGAGAGGAGUUAAGACCUGGUCGCUGCCCUCAGCACAAAACCAAGGACUAAGAAUUCUUCCCAAAGAUGAGGACCUCUGAAGCCUUAGGAGGGGACAAAUGAGGGAGGCUGGGGUGGCCCAUCUGAUUCCAGAACCCACACUUAGCUGAUCCUGGGAUUCCCCUAGAGAGGUCUAGAUCAGUUCCUGACCAGGAACUCACUUCCAUCCUGUCCCCAAGCUCUGAGCUCCUGGUCCCCAGGCCUUUACUGCUCUGUCCAGACAGAAGCAGAGAAGCCCCCCUGGCCACCUUGUGCUGAGAUAUACUUCCCCAAGUCGAAUCAGCUCCCCUCAGAAUGUGGAGGGCCUGGUGAGGGGCCUGGGGCCACUGCCCUGCAAGAAGCAGCCAGGGUACUCAAGCACCCAGACUAUGGUCAUAACUCCUGCCCCAGGGGUGUGUGCAUAGGGCAGGGGCUGAUCACAGGGACCUGAGCCACCACGGAGGUUGAGGCUGCUUUCAACGGGGCUGUGGUAGGCUGGAGUGUGGCAGCCACUCUGCCCGCAUGCCAGGCCCAGGGCAAAAGGAGCACGGCCCUUGCCCUCAAGAAGCUCGCAGCCCAAGCCCCUUUCAUCCCCACAUUUUCAAGCACGACUGGAGUCUGGGAGGACCACCUUCCUCCCUGGUGCUCCGUCCCCUGUGCCUAUGAGGUCUGGGUCACACGCCCCCUUCCUGAGAAGCCCCGAGAAAGAAGUGGGCAGAAGGGCUUCAGCAUCAGAAAACCGCCAAAGCGGUACAACUGGGCUCCUUCUAGGGCCCGAUGGUGCUGCCCUGGUGCUCCCCGUCCACCUGGCUGAUAAAAUGCCUUCCAGCCAGAGGUGGCAGACUCAGCUCGGGAUUGGGAAGCAGAGGGUACCAGGCUCGCCCACCUUUUAUUUUCAUUUUGGCCGUGCCACGCGGCAUGCGGGAUCUUAGUUCCCCGACCAGGGAUAGAACCCAUGCCCCCUCCAUUGGGAGCGCGGAGUCAACCACUGGACUGCCAGGGAAGUCGUCGCCUGGCUUUUGGGAAAAGCAGACCAGAAGGUAGUGUCAAAGUGUUACCGAACCCAGGUCCGGCUGCUAGCCGCUCGAAAGCCAAUUCUUGAGAGACAAGGGUUGGUAGGAAAGGAAAGGUUGCUUCAGAGGCUGGCAACCAGGGAGAGGGUGGAGUCCUGUCCGAGAACUCCCGAUUGCUGUUCAGGGCACAGGGGCUUUUAAAAGGGAGUUUCAGGGUUAUAUAGGCGGAGGGAGGGAGCAGAACAGCAUAGUCAGUUCUGGCAGUCAUCUUGGUCGUUUUAAGUACGGUUAAUCUUUAGUUCCAGGGUUUGUUCCCAUUUCUUUGAGGCCAGUUCUCGGAAUUGUGUGAAGUGGAGCAGCUUAUGUCAUGGCUUCAAUUUGAUCAUCAUGUGGUCAUCCUCUUCCACCUGGUGGGGGCUUCAGUAGCUGCAAAACAGCUCACAGGAUACGGCUCAGAAUGUUAUCUAUAGCCCUUAAGGAGGAACUAAACGUCCGUGACUAUGCUUAAGGACUAAAUUAUUAUUUGGUCUCCUUUGUUUUCCUCUAUUUCUGCAUUUUUUCACUUCUCUGAUUAAACUUAUUCU